UUUCCCACCGCGGCCGGCCUAACUCUGUCGCAGCAGCCUCUCCUGGGGCCUGGGGGCCGGGCCCCACCGCCGCCCGGGCCCGCCCUCCGCCGCCCGGCCCCCGACUCCGCCCCGGCCCGCCCGGCCCCAGGGGACGGCCCCCGCCUCCCGCCCUCUUCCCUCUUCCCUCUUCUGGAGGAAAAUGGCGGCCGCUGGAGCCGCCGACAGAGGGGCUUGGGAGUCGGUACCUUUCCCGACCGGCCCGCUGGAAGUUGGAGCCUCCGCCGAGUCGCAGACAACGCCUCCCGGGGAACAGAGUGUGAGGUGUGAGACAAGUCCUUCAGUUCAAGAGUGUAUUCAGGAAACAGAAAUGGGAGUGAGCAAAAAAGGAAGAAAAGUCAAUAAAAGGUGCAGUAUGGAACUACUUACCACUAUGAACCUCUGUGCUCAAUCCCAUCGGGAACACUCGGAGGAAUCACAUCGAAUACGGCUCAGAGCUGAAGGCCUUCCUGAUGCGCCUGCCUGCUCCGUGGUCUCUCUGCAUGGGGAAGGAGAGUUCCCAGCUUGCAAACUCCAGCUUUGCCUGUGAGAGGAACAAGCAUCCCUGAUCCAGAAGGUGAGACUUAACACGCCAGCCUCCGUGUGAGCAUUCACCUCUUUCAACCCUCGCCAUAAUCCCACAAGGAGGCACAGUUCUUUUGCCCAUUUUGAAGAUGAAGAAACACAGUCUCAGAGGAGUUCGGUCACAAUAUCACAAGAAGUUCGGAUGGAGAUGGCGAGUUCUACCGGCUCCUGGCUCUCUGGCUGCCUCAUUCCUCUCCUCUUCCUCCGGCUGUCUGUGCAUGUGUCAGGCCGCGCAGGGGAUACCAGCAAGUUCCACGUGGCCUUACUAGGGGGCACAGCCGAGCUGCUCUGUCCUCUCUCCCUCUGGCCUGGGACAGUGCCCAAGGAGGUGAGGUGGCUGCGGUCCCCAUUCCCGCAGCGCUCCCAGGUUGUUCACAUGUUCCGGGAUGGAAAGGACCAGGAUGAAGAGCUGAUGCCGGAAUAUAAGGGGAGGACGGUGCUGGUGAGAGAUGCCCAGGAGGGAAGUGUCACUCUGCAGAUCCUUGAUGUGCGCCUUGAGGACCAAGGGUCUUACCGAUGUCUGAUCCAGGUUGGAAAUCUGAGUAAAGAGGACACCGUGAUCCUGCAGGUUGCAGCCCCAUCUGUGGGGAGUCUCUCCCCCUCAGCAGUGGCUCUGGCUGUGAUCCUGCCUGUCCUGGUACUUCUCAUCAUGGUGUGCCUUUGCCUUAUCUGGAAGCAAAGAAGAUCAAAAGAGAAACUUCUCUAUGAACACGUGACGGAGGUGGACAAUCUUCUUUCAGAGCAUGCUAAAGAAAAAGGAAAACUCCAUAAAGCUCUCAAGAAACUCCGGAGUGAACUGAAGCUGAAAAGAGCUGCAGCAAACUCAGGCUGGAGAAGAGCCCGCUUGCAUUUUGUGGCAGUGACCCUGGACCCAGAAACAGCACAUCCCAAACUCAUCCUUUCUGAGGACCAAAGAUGUGUAAGGCUUGGAGACAGAAGGCAGCCCGUACCUGACAACCCCCAGAGAUUUGAUUUCGUCGUCAGCAUCCUAGGCUCUGAGUACUUCACAACUGGCUGCCACUACUGGGAGGUGUAUGUGGGAGACAAGACCAAAUGGAUUCUUGGGGUAUGCAGUGAGUCAGUGAGCAGGAAGGGGAAGGUUACUGCCUCACCUGCCAAUGGACACUGGCUUCUGCGACAGAGUCGUGGGAAUGAGUAUGAAGCUCUUACAUCGCCACAGACCUCCUUCCGCCUUAAAGAGCCUCCACGGUGUGUGGGGAUUUUCUUGGACUAUGAAGCAGGAGUCAUCUCUUUCUAUAAUGUGACCAAGAAGUCCCACAUCUUUACUUUCACCCACAGUUUCUCUGGCCCCCUUCGCCCUUUCUUUGAACCUUGCCUUCAUGAUGGAGGAAAAAACACAGCACCUCUAGUCAUUUGUUCAGAACUACACAAAUCAGAGGAAUCCAUUGUCCCCAAGCCAGAAGGGAAAGGCCAUGCUAAUGGAGAUGUGUCCCUGAAGGUGAACUCUUCCUUACUACCCCCAAAGGGCCCAGAGCUGAAGGAUAUAAUCCUGUCCUUGCCCUCUGACCUUGGCCCAGCCCUUCAGGGGCUCAAGGUUCCUUCUUUUUAGGGAUAUGCCACAUUAUCUGCUCCUAUCACCAUCCAGCCCAGCACCCUGGACUUCAGUUGCCUGGUCCAACCUCGUGAUUCUGGAACGUCUCUUCUCCUUAACCCAAUCCAGACCCUUUUGUGGUUUCUAUUUGUAACACUUUUCUCCCAGAACUCAGUUCUGAAGCUUGCCUUUCUUCUAAGGAAUUGAAGUUCCCAGUGACCUGAAGGGAAGAUUCCUGGAAACCAAUCAGUUUAGGUGUAGGUGGAGAUGUUGAACAUGUGUUACCAAGAUAUAGCACAGGUUCAGGGGAAAGAGUUCUCUACUCCAGGGGUUAUUUAGAAGACACUUUCUCUGCCUCAUCCUGCCCUCAAGCUUUAGUCAAGAAGUUAUGGCCCCCAGUCCCUGACUUCUUAUCCCAUCAAGGGCUGCUUUUCUCUCUUUCUCUCUCUGAGUUCUGGCCUCUGGCCCCCAAAGUCAGCUUUCUAAAAGCAAGCAUGUUUUAGACCACUCACUCUUUCCCUCUUUCUUCAGGAAUGAGUUGGGAGAGGAGUAAAACACAUCCUUUUCUACUCUCUUGAUGCUGUUUACAACAUAGUUUGGUGAUAUCCAGAGCUAAUGUACAUGCUUUCAAAAGCUAAUCUUCCUGUUGAUGAUAACUAGGUACAGGGACUUUAAACACAGUUGCUAUAAUCCUGAAAAGCCUCAGGAGCAAUCAGGUUACUGGCAGGCACAGCUGCAGAGAGCUCAGCUGUGUAUUGCCCUCUGACUUUGGCCCAGACCUUCAGAGGCUUAGUCUGUUGAGUCUGUUGUGACUGUCUUAUGAAUCAAUCUGUUGUGCCAGCCCUUUCUGAGAUUCAGAGAGGCCCAACUAGAAAAAGUGGCAGUUUUAACCACCAACGUAGAAGCUUUCUUUUUCCCCACAAGACCAUUGUACUGGAAUACGUGACUGUGUAGCAAACAGCCUCUUAGGUUGGAGAGUAUUGACUUCAAAUAGGAAGUUGGUAGACUAGGUGUGAGGAUGAAAUAAUGACCUUGAUUUUUGGGUGUGUAUUGCAGAAGCCUAGUCACUUUCAAGUCACACCACAUAAUGAGAUCUGGCCUAAUCGUGGAGAUGUUGGUUAUCAGUUUGCAGAUGAAUACACAGUUCUAGCCAACAGAAACUGUAUCUUUCUGUUUGUCAGAAGUUCUCUAUUAGUUCCUGUAUUAGUCAAGGUUUUCCAGAGAAACAGAAUCAAUACAUAUUGGGGUGGGGGGCGGUGGUUAUUAUAAGGAAUUAGCUCACAUGAUUAUGGAGGCGGUUAAAUCCCAAGAUCUGCAGGGUAAGUCAGCAAGAUGGAGUCCCAUGAGAGCUGAUGGUUUAGUUCCAGUCUGAUGGCAGCAGGCUUGACACUAAGGAAGAGCUGAUGUUUAAUUCAAGUCUGAAGGCAGGGAAAAAAAGCUGAUGGCCCUGUCCAAAGGCUAUUAGGCAGGAAGAAUUCUCUUAGGGCAGAGUUAGCUCUUUUGUUCUAUUCAGGCCUUUAACUGAUUCCAUGAGGCCCACCCACAUUUGGGAGGACAGUCUGCAUUACUCAGUCUACUGAUUUGAAUGUUAAUGUCAUUGAGAAACACCCUCACAGGAACACUCAGAAUAAUGUUUGACCAAGUAACUGGGCAUCUUGUGACCCAGUUAAGUUGAUACAUAAGAUUAACUAUCACAGUGACUGAGUGGAAUUGUUUGCUUUUGUACAGUUUUAAAAUAAAAGUUUGGUAUUUGUGU